AUGAACGGCUUUUCUGAACCAUAUUCAAAGCCGCCGAUUGCGUUUCCUGCAUCGCAUGAGCAACUAAAUUCCCUUCUUCUGCGGUAUCAUCAACUCUUGAAAUCGUCCCAUGAGGCCAAAGAAAAACAGAAGCUUUUGGGUCAAACCCAGAAUUUCCGGAUGCUAGGUGACGUCAAGUUGGCGGUCCGGGACCCCAAUGAGGCUGAUCGUUUGGCCAUAGAACGCAUAUUACACCAAGUUUCUGAGCAACACAAGAAGUUUCGCCACGAGGAAGACCUCUUAUUCGAAGAACUUAAACAGGAUAUCAAGAAGCAACAAGGAAACCAGAAGCCUGAUAUUGAUGUGUUGAAGCAACAAAUCGUCGGUUUACAGCUUCUUUCCACCGAUUUGGAUCUCCCGCCCGAUCUUCAAACAGCCUACCUACAGUCGCUUGAGACCAACCCAAACGCUGAAUCGGAGACGAUCGACUCUCAAGCAUUAAUAGAGGCUCUUAGCGACCCAGCAUGCUUUUCGGGAGAUUUUGUUCGCCGGGCGCGUGCUCUUGGAGCCAUUGGUAAUGACUAUAGUCACCAGUCUUCUCUCAGCGACAGUUCCAAACUACACUUUGAAAAGGUAGUAGCCAACAAACUUGCCAAUCGUAUAAGGGAAUUGGAGAGCCUUCCAUCCAACCUUGGUACGUUCCAUGAAGGUUCCAGUGAACUUGAUGACUCUCUCAAAAUCAACGCACUUGUUGAAUUGAAAGCUCUUAGAGUUCUCUCCAAGCAAAAACAACUCAGACGAGCCAUAGUUCUCACCGACGUUCUGUCAGCACAAACAGAGCAUGCGGAACUCAAAGAUGUUCCGUUGACACUUCUGGCCCAACGAGCGCUCCGCGUUCGUCCAAAGAUUGUUCAGCCACAACCUCAUCUUCUUGCUUCCAAAUUGAAAACCAGGCAAUUAUUGGAGGCAAAGAAGCGUGAACAUCUUUUGCAUGUGGAGAAAGUCCGUGGUAUUUUGGACGCAGUUGAAGAAAUCAACGCUAGAAAGGAACGUCACUGGACCCACAGAAAUCACAUCGCUCGGAAUGUACAUACAUAUCACCUGAAUACCGAGAAAGACGAGUCCAAGAAGCUUGAGAAGACUGCGAGACAGCGUUUGCAAGCUUUGAAGUCCAACGAUGAAGAAGCGUACAUGAAAUUGUUGGAUCAAACCAAAGAUCAUCGUAUUACUCACUUGUUAAAGCAGACGAACCUGUUCUUGGAUUCUUUGGCCCAUGCGGUCAAGGCCCAGCAACUGGGCGAUCCAGAACCUCAAGAGCAAAAUCCUGAUGAAGUCAGAGAAAAGAUAGAUUACUAUCAGGUAGCACAUUCUAUCAAAGAAGAAAUCAAAGAACAGCCCAAGAUGUUAGUUGGUGGUCAAUUAAAGGAGUACCAGUUAAAGGGUUUACAAUGGAUGGUGUCCUUGUACAAUAAUAAACUUAAUGGUAUUUUGGCCGACGAAAUGGGUCUUGGAAAAACCAUUCAAUCCAUUUCCUUGAUCUCCUACUUGAUAGAAAAGAAAGGUGAAGACAAGUUUCUUGUUAUUGUUCCCUUAUCUACUAUUACUAACUGGACCCUUGAAUUUGAAAAAUGGGCUCCAAGCAUCAAAGUGAUUGUAUAUAAGGGUUCUCAACUUCAACGUAAGAAUCUUCAAUGGGAAGUUCGACUGGGAAAUUUCCAAGUGUUGUUGACCACUUAUGAGUUCAUUAUCCGAGAGAGACCACUUUUAGCCAAGGUCAACUACUCGCAUAUGAUUAUUGAUGAAGGUCACAGGAUGAAGAACACCGAAUCGAAACUUUCCGUUACCCUCAAGACGUACUACAAAACAAAGAAUCGGUUGAUUUUGACGGGAACUCCACUUCAAAAUAAUUUGCCAGAAUUAUGGGCUCUUCUUAAUUUCGUGUUGCCAAGAAUUUUCAACUCGGUGAAGUCUUUCGACGAGUGGUUCAAUACACCAUUUGCCAACACCGGAACCCUGGAGAAGAUUGAAUUAACGGAAGAAGAGCUGCUUUUGGUUAUUAGACGUUUGCACAAGGUCCUUCGUCCGUUCUUGUUAAGAAGAUUAAAGAAGGAUGUGGAGAAGGAUCUUCCUGAUAAGGUUGAAAAGGUUCUCAAGUGUAACUUAUCGGGACUUCAGUAUAUCCUUUAUCAGCAAAUGUUGAAGCACAAUGCUUUAUUCGUCGGUGCUGAAGUGGGCUCAGCCAAGUCUGGUAUCAAAGGCUUGAACAAUAAGAUCAUGCAAUUGAGAAAGAUAUGCAACCACCCGUUCGUAUUCGAAGAAGUGGAAGAUGUGUUGAAUCCCUCGAGAAUGACUAACAAUCUGAUAUGGCGUAGUAGUGGCAAGUUCGAGUUACUUGACAGAGUUUUGCCAAAGUUCAAAGCUAGUGGUCAUCGUGUGUUGCUUUUCUUCCAGAUGACGAGCGUGAUGGAUAUCAUGGAGGACUUUUUGCGUCUUCGUAACAUGAAGUAUUUGAGAUUAGAUGGUGCAACGAAGGCUGAAGAUCGUCAAGAGAUGCUUAAAUUAUUCAAUGCGCCUGGUUCUGAAUACUUCUGUUUUCUCUUAUCAACCAGAGCUGGUGGUUUAGGUUUGAAUUUACAGAGUGCCGAUACCGUGAUCAUCUUCGAUACCGAUUGGAAUCCCCAUCAAGAUUUGCAAGCUCAAGACAGAGCUCAUAGAAUUGGACAAAAGAAUGAGGUCAGAAUCUUGCGUUUGAUCACCAACGAAUCGGUGGAGGAGGUGAUUCUCGAGAGAGCGCAUCAAAAGUUAGAUAUUGAUGGUAAGGUUAUCCAAGCAGGUAAAUUUGAUAACAAGUCUACUGCUGAGGAGCAGGAGGAGUUUUUGAAACGACUUUUGGAAGCAGAAUCCGAUGGUGAAAAUAAGGAAGACAACAGCGCUCUUGAUGACGAAGAACUAAACGAAAUUUUGGCUCGUUCAGAAGAUGAAAAGGAUUUGUUCUUGCAAAUUGAUAACGAGCGAAUUCUCCGUGAUAAGGUGGAGCUGCGCAAACCAGACGGCUACAAGACUAGGUUGAUGAACACGAAAGAAUUGCCCAGCAUAUUCACCGAGGAUAUUUCACAUCAUUUUGAGAAGAAUCCUAAAGACUUAACCCGAACAAGAGAGAGAAAGAGAGUCAAGUACGAUGAUGGGUUGACGGAAGAGCAAUGGCUUAUGGCAAUGGAUGACGACGAUGACCUGGUUGAGGCUGCCAUUGCGAGGAAAGAAGCUAGGGCAGAGCGCAAAAGAAGAAAGAGAGAAGCAGGGGAUGAUACACUUGACGACGAUAUGGAAGAUAUUGAGGAAGAAGAGCCCAGUCGAACCAAGUCUAGUACCAUCAAUGACGAAGACUUGGUCCCCCAAUGUACUGGUGUAUUAGAUGAAAUCACCGCGUUGGUGGCAGAAGAUGGGCAUAGUGUCCACGAGGUGUUUGAGAAGUUACCACCACGCAAACUUUAUCCAGACUAUUACAAAAUCAUCAAGAAGCCAAUUUCGCUCAAGCAGAUACGAAAAGGACUCCAAAAUGACGAAUUUGAUUCAUUCGAAGCGUUUUUGGACGCAUUGAAACUCAUGUGUUCCAACGCCAAAACAUAUAACGAAGAAGGAUCGUGGGUCUGGAACGAUGCAGACGCAGUAGAGGAGGUAAUCUCCAAUCACAAAUAA